AAUAACGGUUCACGGUUGCGACUUGUGACAAGUGAAAUCUGGAAGUCUUCAAAAAUAUAUAGCUCUUAAUGUAAGUACAUACGUUGUUGGACGGUAGGUUCAAAUACCGAGCGAUGUUUGUACUUAGCAAGUCUGUUUUGGGCGCCAUUUUUAAAAUUAUCCUUUGGUUCAAAAUCAGCAGUCUAGCCUUAUCUACUGAAAUUUAAAAAAGAAAAACAAUAAUUCAGCUGCUUGCUGGUUAAGCAAGUUACAGUUUUAAGAUAGACGAUCAUGAGUACUAAGGACAGCGUUGUGUCUGGGAAUUCUAUCGUUUACUUGGAUAUUGAAAUUGAAAGUGAAAAAAUUGGAAGGAUAGUCUUAGAAUUAUUCAACGAUAGAGUUCCCAAAACUGCCGAAAAUUUUAGAGCAUUAUGUACUGGAGAAAGAGGAAUAGGUAAAUCGGGAAGACCUCUUCAUUUCAAAGGGACCUUGUUUCAUAGAGCUAUCCCAGAAUUUAUGAUUCAAGGUGGUGAUAUCACAGCUAAUGAUGGAUCUGGUGGUGAGAGUAUAUAUGACUGGUUCUUUGAAGAUGAAAAUUUCGACAUACUGCACGAUGAACCUGGAAUCGUGAGCAUGGCAAAUACUGGCAAAGCUAAUACAAAUAAUUCACAAUUUUUUAUUACCAUUGCUCCAUGUCCACAUUUAGAUGGAAGAAAUGUAGCAUUUGGAAGAGUAAUAAAAGGAUUUUGCGUGGUUCAAACUGUUUCAACUACAGUUACAAAAAACGAUGUGCCUAUUAAUCCUUGUGUAAUUGUAAAUUGUGGUGAGUUAUCUAAUGAUAGCAAUACUUGGGAUAUAAAUGAAAACGAUACCACGUGUGAUAUAUUUCCUCCUUUUCCAAGUGAUUGGUCAAUUCAUCAAAAAGAACUCGAUGUUGUUCAAUUUUCUGAAGUAGUUACAAAAAUUAAAGAUUCUGGUAAUCAAUAUUAUAAUUAUAAAAAUUACAUAAAUGCUAAAAGAAAAUAUGAAAAAGUGUUGCGUUAUUUUGAAUGGUAUGGACGUUAUUAUAAAAAUAGUGGGGAUGACUAUACAUUAAUGAAAAUUAAAGCAAGCACACUCUUAAAUUUAUCUACUGUCCAUUGGAAGAUGCACAAUUACAGAAGUUCUAUAACAUAUUCAAAACAGGUUCUAAAUUUGGAAUCUAACAAUGUCAAAGCUCUAUUUCGAAUUGGUCAGGAUUAUGGAGCACUCAAUUAUUAUUCUUCUGCAAUAAAAUAUUUAAAACAAGCUUUGGAAAUUGUUCCAACUGAGAAAAAAAUUUUAGCAGAAUUAAUCAAAGUUGAGAAAGCACAAAAGCAAUAUUUAGCUGUAGAGAGAAAACGAUAUGCUAAAAUGUUUUCAUAAAAUGUUUUAUUUAAAAAUUAGUAUUAUAAAUUGUUACUUCACUCUUAAGUAAAUUAUAGGUAAUAAGUUUUUAACAAAUCGGUUAUUUUUAUAAUUAUUUAUUAUAUAAUG